CCUCCACGUCGCCCACUCUCGACCAUGCCGCGCACGUCGCAACAGGGCCGCCAGGCUGCUCGCUCGAUGAGCAGUGGCCGCACGAGUACAUCUGCGCAAGACGACGUCGACUGGGUCUACUGCCACUGCGAGGAAGGACGCAAGCGCAAGCCUCGCAGGGCCAUUCUCUUGAAGACGGCGACCAACAAGAACUGCAACCAGGGCAGGAUGUUCUUCAAGUGCCGCAGGAAGACCGGCUGCAACUUCUUCCUGUGGCAAGACGAGCUCGAGCGCCUCAACCUCGACCUCGACCGCCUCGUCGACGACGCCCUCGGCGCGAUCAGCGACGACGACGACCCGCACGACCACGUCGAGCACCCGCAGCCCGGCUCGAGCAACCUCGGCGCCUCGUCAUUCGUCGACGUCGGUUCGGUCGAGCGGGCGCCGGUCGUCGACGGCAAGAAGCGCGCUCGUUCGGAGGACGACGACGACGUCAAGCCGCCGUCGAGCGUCAAGAAGGUCCGCUUCGACUUGCGCCAGCCCGAGGUCGAGGUCAAGGUCAAGGACGUCAAGCCCGAGGUCGUCGGCGAUGGCUCGGGAGGGCUCAAGCGCGAGGAAGACGAGACGGUCGAGGACUCGGAUUUGGAGGAAGAGCUAGCUCUCGGCCUCGACGAGCUCAACGUCAAGGUCAAGGUCGAGUCCGUCGAGUGAGGACGGUCCAGGGAGGGAACUCGAGGAGGAGGACGUCCGCUUGGUCUCGCGUCGCUUCGGCUGUACAGUCCCACUUCCUUCGUCUAGCGUCCCCUGUCAAUACUACCGC